CUUGAUGCUCCACUCUGACGGCGUGUGUUGGAGGUAGCGCAGCGCUACAGUCAUAUUAAACGACAGACGUCCUAAACAACAGCGUUUUCAGACAUAGCACAGAGGACUCUCACGAAAACACCCCGAUAUAUGCAGGAACAACCGUGAGUUCAAGUGCUAGAAGGUGUCGGUGACCGUUGAUUAGCGGCUGCGCUAGCUGUUUUGCUAACACCUCGUUCACAUCCACCGUCUUCAGACAGCAUCACUCCCGCUCCAGAGUUGCCUCUAACGGCUUCUCUCACGCUCGAAGCAGUCGUUAUUGAGUUAUUGACUGGUCCCGCUGGAAUUGGCGUCGGAGCUGAAUCCCGCUGUCGGAGCGCCUGAAGAGAGGCACAGUGGUGGGGACGCGCCGGAGAACAUGGACGGGCUGGCGGUGGAGGUGCGCGGCUCUAACGGGGCCUUCUACAAGGGUUUCAUCAAGGAUGUACACGAGGACUCCCUCACAAUAGUCUUUGAAAACAACUGGCAACCAGAGAGACAGCUGCCGUUCAGUGACGUGAGGUUGCCUCCCCCAGCCGAGUACCACAAGGACAUCUGUGAGGGAGAUGAGGUGGAGGUUUACUCCAGAGCCAACGAGCAGGAGCCCUGCGGCUGGUGGUUAGCGAGGGUGAGGAUGAUGAAGGGAGAGUUCUAUGUGAUCGAAUAUGCAGCCUGCGACGCCACAUACAACGAAAUUGUCACAUCGGAGCGAAUCCGGCCGGUCAAUCCCAACAGCCCCUCGUCUGAAAACUCCUUUUACAAAGUCCCCAUCGCUGUACCCGAGGAUCUCCGAGACAUCUGUUUGACUGAGAACAUUCACAAAGACUUCAGGAAAGCAAUCGGAGCCAACUGCAUCUUCUACAACACCUUUACACACCAACUUAUAGUCCUGUCCACGAGCGAGUGCACGGUGAAACGAGCAGCUCUACUGAGUGACAUGCACUUCAGGAGCAUUCGCACCAAACUCAUGCUGAUGUCCCGCAACGAGGAGGCCACCAAACACUUAGAGACAAGUAAACAGCUGGCGUCUGCGUAUCAGGAGGAAGUGAGGGUGCGUGAGGAUCUAAUGGGUCUGGCCAUCGGUUCUCACGGUGCCAACAUCCAGCAGGCCCGAAAAGUUCCCGGCAUCACUGCCAUUGAGCUGGAAGAAGAGAGCUGCACAUUCAGGAUCUACGGAGAGACCCCAGAGGCUGUGAAGCAGGCCAGGACGUAUCUGGAGUUCAUGGAGGAUUCCUUCCCGGUUCCCAGGAACCUUGUAGGCAAAGUCAUUGGCAAAAACGGCAAAACUAUCCAGGAGAUAGUAGACAAAUCGGGCGUGGUUCGAGUGCGGAUCGAAGGGGACAAUGAUAAAAAGCUGCCCAGGGAGGAGGUAGGCAGGCAGGGGGCUGGCAGAGACAACACUGUGAGCAGCCAAGAGGGAACGGUUCCCUUUAUCUUUGUUGGAACCAAGGAGAACAUCAGUAACGCCCAGGCCUUGCUCGAGUACCACGUGGCCUACCUUCAGGAAGUGGAGCAGCUGCGUCUUGAGCGCCUACAGAUCGAUGAACAGCUCCGUCAGAUUGGGGUGGGAUACCGCGCACCCCCCAGCCGCUCCGGUUCAGGGGUCACCGGCGAGCGUGAAAGAGGUUACCUCACGGACGACAGCACCAACUCCCUGCAGACCACACGCACCUAUGGAGGAAGAGGACGAGGACGCAAACCGAACAAUGCAUACUCUGGCUAUGGAACAAACUCUGAAUUGUCAAAUGCAUCAGAGACAGAAGAGAUAGCAGAGCGAGAGCUCAGGCCUAAAGGUGUUGGAGGAGAUGACAGAGGCUCAAAGCGAGGAGGACGGGGCCGUGGCACCAGCACAAGCAGAGGCCGUGGAGGACCAGGGCCACGAAACACCAACACUAUCAGCUCAGUGCUCCGAGAUCCUGACAGUAACCCGUACUCUCUGCUGGAGGGAGAAGGUGAAUUAGGCGCUGACACAGAUGCCAGUGAAAGCAUGGGCGGCACUGACCGUAGGAGACGUUCACGCCGUCGGAGAAACGACCAGGAACCCAGCGUUAUAGAUGCAGCCGCUAAUGAAUCUGACAGUCAGGCAGCCGCCAGUGAGAACGGACUGGAAGAGGAGGGCAGGCCGCAGCGCCGCAAUAGAAGCCGCCGGCGUCGCACCCGAGGCAGUCGUCCUGAAGGGGGCUCCACCAGCCGUGACAGACAGCCAAUUACCGUUGCAGACUUCAUCUCUCGUGCUGAUUCCCAGAGCAGACAGAAUCUCCCGGUGAAGAACGAGGUGAUCCAGCACACGUCCCACCCCAAGGAAAACGGGACUAGCGUGAGACAGGAAGAGUGCACUGCUCCGAAGCGCUCCCCUAGCAAUGGCGUAGCUUCGCCCGGGGAGGCUCUAGCCCUGGUGAAUGGGGUCUCGUAAAAAGUCAUCUCGCCCCCUCAAGACCCACGUCUACAGCGAGACACCACGGCGAACUCUGUAACCUGCUUGCAUUCACGUAAACCUUUAAACUGACGAAUGAGAAUCGACUUAAAUCCUUGAAGUCUAUGAGAAGUAAAUGAUACAAAAAAAAAAAAAAAAAUGAACGAAUCUACUUUAAACCACACGUAAUGG